AUGUUGCGACGGCUUUUCAGGCCUACGCACACGGAGUUGCUGCAUACGCUUCUCUGGGGCCGUGUUGCACGGCUCACGAAACGAGGGGUCGUUCAGCAGGCUGGUGUUCCAGAGCCCCGUCCUCCAACUGCUCCAGCCUCUUUGCCAAUGCCGCAAGGACUGGUGCCUAAUUUUACUCGACCACAGUUCAGUGCAUUUCAGCAGCCCAGCGUGAUGGUGUUGCUGGCAAGGGCACAAUACGCUCUUUUCACGCUUGGAUGGAAUCCCACGGCGGGUGAUUUUGCCCUCUACUGCGCAACCACGAAUGAACUCGUGUGUACGCAGAAGGAGAUGCUAUGGAAGGCGGCAAUGUGGAUGGAGGAACGCAUAGGGGAUGAUUUUAUUGCGGGUAUUAUUUUUCCUAGUGAUGGUUCCAUUCCCCUCAAGGACGCGGCAGCCCUGCUGAAGGAAAAGUCUCGUAGGCGACUAGUGUUGGCCCCAGAUACGUGGGGUAUUGCCUACUUGAUAUUAAAGAGUCAGCAAGAGUUUGUGCGAGGUUUGAGUAUUCCUACUAGCCUAGAGCAUGCGGCCUUUCAACUGACAGGGACGGUGUAUAAUCCCGCCGUUACCGACCCAUCCGUGUUUGAUUUCACAACAGGAUCAUAUACUACUUUAGGUUGCGCCACUUCUGUUUCUGCUGCACGCGACGCUCUUGUUAACUGGUGUGUUCUGUUCAUCGUUCACAAGCGAUUUGGUACAAAGGGUAACCGAAAGGUUAUGGACCCUAUUGACCAGAUUGUACGACGUGUGGUGAAGGCAGUCAAUGUGUUUGUAGUAGACAUUGAUGUGAGGGUUGGGAAGGGCACUAUUGCGGAGGGUUUUACGAUGAUUGUGACAAUAUACGAUGCCCAAAAGAGAGCUCAGACGGUUCACAUGAUUCGUAGUUUGGCAGAAGAGACCACAAAGCGCAAUGCGCUGAAUGGAAUACUGUACGGUGAGGGCACCUCGUCUAUUUCGCUUUUUGUUCCUACAGCCCGGACGAGGUCGGCGCAGCUUCUUGCCUUUGCUCGCAGUUGCCGUCCAUCAUGUCCGUUUUUUGCAGCUGAGGUGUCAAGUUUGGCGCAGUUUUUUGCCGGCACUAAAGUCGCCGCCGGUCUUGACGAAGAGAAGGACCCACGCACCACAUGGGCGAGAAUUCGCUCCAAUUGUUUUCCAGAAAAAACCUCUCGCAAAGAGGAGGAAGCUCUUGAUAAAAAGUUGCAGCAAGGCUUCACAGCGCUUGCCAAUAAACUCUUUUCAGAUCGCCUGCACCGAGUUUCUCCGGCGCUGAUGUCAGCCGUGAGUAGUAUUCCUCCACAGGAGGAAAUUCAGAAAGCACAGAGGCGCGUCGAGUUAUUGGAGGAGGAGGCACGCAAUAAUCCGGUUCCACACGUGACGCAUUCUGCGUUUCUGAACAAUGUCAAUAUCAAUGAUGCCGAGGUUGUCUUUAGGCUGCAACAAUGGCGCUCGAGCAUCUAUGAAAACCCGGAGCGGCUUCAGCGUGAGCAGCAGGCACUGAAUGGACUGAAGCGUUAUUUGGUGCUUGACCUAGAAACGACUACGGUGCGACGCUACAAGCGUGUGGCAAACCCUUUUACCAAGGAAAAUUACGUUGUCCUUUCUGGGGCCCGUGACUACACCGGGAAGGUGUUUAUGGGAGGUCGCUACUUUGUACGAAACAUUGCCUUGCGCUACGAUGACUUUGACGUGACAAGUGCCUGCAACCUCGUUGAGGGAUCGUCAAAGUACUCGCUCUUUUUGCCACCUCUUGAUGACUACGACGUGAUUGUGGGUCAUAACAUUAAGUUUGACUUGCUACACAUCUGGCGGGAUGCGGAGCUGCGUCGCUUUCUCAGUCGCGGCGGAAAGGUAUGGGACACAAUGUACGCAGAGUAUUUGCUCACAGGCCAUGAGGUGAAACUUGGCCGCGGUGCUGGCUUGGAGGAGGUCGCGAAGUCAUACGGUGGUCAGACCCCAAAGUUGGACGCUGUGAAGGAAGCCUGGGCAAAGGGCAAAGAAACAUACCAGAUACCGUAUGCAUUGCUAUCCGAGUACCUGCAUGGCGAUCUGGAGAAUACAGAGCUUAUUUUCCGAAAACACAUGGAACGCGCCUUCACGCAGCGGCAGGUUAUUAUCUGUGUGGCGCGAAUGGAUGGCCUUCUUUGUACGACGGAGAUGGAAUAUAACGGUCUGAAAACCAACGUGCAACUCGCCGUGGCGCAAAGCAACGAACUCAUGGUCAAAGUGAUGGAACUUCGAAACCACCUGGAGAGUGCUAUUCCCAAGGAAAUUCCGGUAGACUGUCGCAAGUACUUUAACUGGUCAUCCAACCAGCACCUUAUUACGUUUUUCUUUGGUGGUAAAUUAAAACUGAACACAAGCGCCCGCGAAAGCAAAGUUUUGCCUGGAGAAGCUUUUGAUCGUCACACGCUGUAUGUACCGGCUGAGGAAUAUACGUCGGACCGCUUCCCAAAAGGGGUCUUUUUUCGUCCACCGGUGCACGUGCUUGGUCCUGCGGACUGCCUUAUCGCAACCGGCGGCUCACUGGACAAGGGAACAAAGAUGUUCAAGACCUACUAUGAAACCUAUGUGAAGCAGGCUGGGUUUCGUAAGAGCUCGACUAUGACAGAUUCGCUAAGUCGUGAGAUGGUCGCUGUCUCAAGGACAGAAUCUGACAGGCGGACCGAACCUGAGGCUCUCGCUAAUUUACUUCCCAGACGUCACCUGUUUUUAUUCGCAGGGAUCACUGCCACUGUGGAGGGAAAGAUAGGCAAGUUUUUUCUUAAAAAUGCAGUGACAGGGGAAUCUGUGACGAUUCUUGCCGAUCACAAAGAUAAAGUUGCCCGGCUUCGCGCCUUUAUAGAACAACAGGUGAUAUUACAUACAGAUAUGCUACUUCCUGCAGAAGAGGAGAAUGAUUCCUCCCCAUCUAAUAUGAGCGCCUUUGUAGACGCGCACGUUACCAUUUUGGCCAGGGAUGCACCCUUCUCCUUCACAAGGCUACUGCACUCUGAUUCAGGCAUGAAGGAGUAUCUGGCGUCGCACGACGGCCUCCGCUCUGGCACAGCAGAUAUCAAUGAGCGCUACGUAAUUACUUUGGCGGACACGGUCGCCGUACUUGCUUACUACCGACACCUUUACGGCACCCAAACUGAGGCAGCCUGGAGGUCCCGCGGUUCCGGAGAUGAGUCCAAACUUGUGUAUCCUUUACGGGCCUUUCCACGCCCUGGCUCCUCCAAGAAUGCCACGACGGAAGCCUUUAAAGCUCAACUGCUGCGAGAGGCCGCCAUGAUACCGGAGGAUUGGUGUGAUUACUAUAUUGACGUUUUUCUCCACAUUGGCAAUGCGGCACUGCAAAGUGAGGCAAUGGGCCCCGAGGCGACAGCGAAGAAAACGCGGAAGUCAAAAAAAAAUAGCAACAAACGCGCAACAGACACUCUUCCAAUUCUUCUCCGCGACCGCCAUGCCUUUGUUGCCUACCACAACUUGCUCCCCGAUGAGGAGCGCAAGCGGUUGGCGUUGAUGACGUUGAUUGGUAGGACAUGCGCCUCCGUGUACGAUGCCUUUGCGGUGCAGUGUGCUCAUGAUGAUGUUGUGGAGGUGAUGAUUCGUGGACGUCUCGCGACGUAUGUUCCGAGUCAGCUUGACGCGGAGCAGGUGAUGCGCAAGUUUCGAAGUGCAACAACACGACAACUGCAGGUAGGGGAGGAUUCACUGAACUAUUUUAAAAAGACCCACGGGGACAAGACGGCCGAAACCAUUUUAGAACUACGCGCCAUGGAAAAACUUAUUGGUACGUACUACGAAAAUACAGAUGAUGGGACGGGGAUGGUCUCCCUUGUGCACAGCGUCGACAGCUGCAUUCACCAUGAGCUAAUACAUAACAAGACAAACACAGGACGUCUUGCGAGCGCCAAUCCCAACUGUCAGAAUAUUCCCAAGGAAGAUAAAUCGCCCUUACGAGAGAUGUUUGUUAGUCGUUAUGGGGAAAAGGGAAUGUGCAUAGAGGCGGAUUAUUCGCAGCUAGAGGUUGUUGCCUUGGCUGUGCUUGCGAAUGAUUAUCAAAUGCUUGAGGAUCUUCGAUCGAAUGUGGAUUUCCAUUGCAAACGUGUGGCUAUGAUGCGUCCUGACUUGCCGUAUAUGGAGGUUCUACUGAGGGCGAAAAAGAAUAAGGAACCUGAGUUUGUAAAGUUGCGUCAGCAGGCCAAAAUAUUUUCAUUUCAGCGACAGUACGGGGCUGGUGUGAAAAUGAUUAGUCAAAGCACUGGGCUGACGCAAGAUCAGGUGCGCCAUCUCAUCGAAAAGGAGCGGGAGACUUAUCAUGGCGUAGAUGCGUUUAACAGCAUGGUCGCAUUGUCUGCUAACAACUUUGACGCCUCUAUUCAAGACGGUUCACGCAACGUACGAGGACAUCAAUUCUUUAAAGGGAUCUUUCCCGUGAUUACUGGGAGCCGUUACGUCUUUACCGAGUCUGAUGUACCGGAGGGUAUAAUGCGAGACAGGGCGUUGUCUGCGAAAUCGACAAGUUUUUCCCCUACACACCUUAAAAAUUAUCCCGUGCAGGGAUUUGCGGGAGAGAUUGUGCAGAUUAUGUUGGGUGUGCUGUGGCGACACUUUUUAAUGACCAACAACUACAAUAGACUGGCCGUGCUCAUUAACACGGUACACGAUUGUGUGUGGAUUGACUGUCAUGUGGAUGUGUUUCUUCAGGUUGCGGAGGAAGUGGAGAGAAUUAUGAGUGACGUGCGGGAGGUUCUUAACAGUCUCUAUCCAGAAAUGAACAUCACAGUGGAUUUUCCAUGUGACGUUGUUGCUGGCGAGAACAUGGGUGCGCUGCGCCCCAUUAUUCGCGAGGAGACACUUUAA